AGAAUGAACGAACUCUAUAGAUGUGUAUUGAUGAAAGUCACACUUGUAAGCGCGAGCGUCGUCCGAUACUUUGAGGUAGAAAGUACCAGAUGUAGCAAAUAGCCUUCAAGCUAAUGCAACUCUUUAUGGGCUGAAAUAUUUAGACGAGGAGACUAAAACCCAAGGACCUUUCAAUAGGUUGAAUUUCCUAAUUUGCUAGUUCAAAGAGGUAUAGCCUACACAUGCUUUAUAUACGAAUUUGAAAUUGUCGCCACAAGGACGCCGCUGUGCGCUAGACACGGCAAUUGAAGAGUAGUUGAAGUGAGCUUGUAAAAGGGCAAAUGGAAGCACCCGGGAUGGGUGCACACAAGCAUGCUAUUGUUUAUUUUCAUCUGGCCUGCCAAACAGAGAACAGAGAGAGAGGUGAUUGCUAAAUACUUAUUUAGCGUUGCCAGGCUACCCUCAGUGGAGUGCACAAAAGGACAGCAUUGGAGGGGACGCAGAGCAGAGCACGAAGGCAAGAGAAAAAAAGGAGACAGGCCCAACUGAGCUGGUCAUAACACAUCCGCCUGGUGCAUGAUGGGAUCUUUUCGGAGGCCCCGUCCUCGCUUUAUGAGCUCGCCCGUGCUGACGGACCUCGCCUGCUUCCACGCCAGCUCGGUCGGCCAGCAGCUGUCCAACACCAGCGUCUGGAAUAGCGUCCAAACAGCCGUGAUAAAAGUGUUCCAGGGUGGAGCGUUGCAAGCUAAUGAGCUUUACACCCUCAAUGAGAGCAUCAGAUGGCUCCUCAAGACCGAGUUGGGCUCGUUCAUCACAGAAUACUUCCAGAAUCAACUCUUGACCAAAGGCCUGUCACAUAUUCUGGAGAAGAUUAGACUAUAUGAGGAUGACAGUCAACUCCUUAUCCUGUCCGAGAUGUGGGUCAGGUUCUUCACUGGGAUCUUGCCCACGCUCCAGGCUAUAUUCUAUCCUGUUCAGGGUCAGGAGCUUACCGUCAGACAGAUGGCUCUACUGGGCUUCAGAGACCUGGUCCUGUUGAAGCUCUCCCUAGAAGACCUACUGCCCAUUGCCACAGUCCCCCCAGCCAUCACACAAAUGCUGCUGAUUCUGCAGGGCACCCAUGAGUCUAACGGGCCCAGUCAAGAGUACUAUCAGCUAGAGGGAUUGGUCGAGACAGUCAUCUCGCCUUACCUGGGGAACAUCCUCCACGUUAGCAACACCAACUGCUUCGUAGAAUGCCGUGCACCACUUUCCAGGUUAAGAGGGGCGGCACAACCAGAGAUCACUGUUACUCAUCAUCAUGCCUCAGACUCCUCCUCUCUGGCUCCCCUAGUGGAGCAGGAGGGGGAAUCCUACCUGGAGAAGGUGGGAGGAGUCCGACGCCACACAGUGGCCAAUGCACACUCCGACAUAUGGCUGCUCUCAGCUUCUGGUAGGAUGCAGCCUGGGAUGGAGGAGGACAGUGGUGGCGGUGGUGGGAAUGUGAUGGCAGGCAACGGCAUGCGGCCCAGGCCUUUCUCCAGCCAUCCAGACAUCCUGGAAUCACCACUGGGUGUGGUGGGGCCCUUUAGAAAGAAGAGAUCGACGGAAAUCAGCUGCCAUCCUCCCAGCUAACCAGUGAUAGCGGCUGGAGACCAUUGUUGUUAUUGAUUCCUGGAAACUGAGGGGAUAAAAACCAUUUCUGAGUGCGAGCAGGGUGGUUGAGUGGAGUCUCUGUCACCCAAGGGCAUUCCCUCCUCUGUGCUCAGAGGCCAAAAUGUGGAAACAGUUGAUUGUCUCCGUACAGCUCUGUUUCCCUACGUGCCAACACGUCAGAUGUAUUUUAUUCCUGGGACGCAUUCCUCGGUAGAAACUGAUUGAUGACAGGUAUCUACUGUAACAGCUCAUGUUUUUACCCUAUUUAACCUCUUAUGAGGACACAGAGAAAUGACAGUGAGAUCUGAGCCUCAUGUAAAGAAAGUAUAUUUGUGACUCCGUAGACUCACAGCUAGAAAAAUUGUAUAUCAUACACUGCAGUUGAGGAACAAAUGGGAAAGUAAUUCUGCUUUGAAAGUUGAAAAACUUGUAACCCCACUUUUGAGAAAAUGGCCCUUGAAUGUUUGGUACACCUACAUGGAGAGCUCUUCUUAUUCUACACCCAUUCAGCAUUGUUCACACCCUCUUAAGACUUAGCCCCACCCAUCUCUUUCACGUGUGAGGCAAUGUGCUAAACAGUGAGUAUGGUAGUGUACAACAAAAGAUUUAAAAACUAAAGGCUGGUUUAUACUACUUCUAUCGACAUGUCUGUAUACAGUUGUCACAGUGACAUCAUGAACAUUCUAUUGUCGUCCGACAUCAAACUUGUUGUUGUCGUUAUGAAAAAUUAUUAACAAAAAAAUGACAGGCUGCAUGACAUCAGCAGCCUGGGGGUCCAAAAUAGCAUAACUGGUGCGUAUUAACACCAAUAAAACCAUCUGUUUAAAAAUUAAAAGCAACUUUCUAAA